UGGUUACAUUUACAGCCAAUGAAAUAAGCAGACCAGACCCAGCAGCUAUUGCAUUGGUGUCCAUGGGAGAACCACCCCCUUUAAGCAGAUCGGAACUGACCAUUUUGUUUUCAAUGGUUAACGGCCUGAGUGAAUCAUCUUCAUGUAUCCACCAUCUUUGGUCGUUACCUUCACUAAGAAGUCAUCUGUUAAAAUGGCUAAACUAACGUCUUUUUUUGUAAUCUUAUUGUCUUUUUUUUGUAUUAGUGAAGCUGUUUUCGAAGAUCAAGUUGGAAAAUUUGAUUGGAGACAGCAGUAUGUGGGGAAGACACUCUUUGCCCACUUUGAGUCGAAUACACAGUCGUCUAAAAAGCUGUUCGUCGCCACCGACAAGAAUAUCUUUGCCUCUUUCAACUCCAGGACUGGAGAUCUCCUUUGGAGACACGUGGACAAGACUGGACCAGAGGGAACCAUAGACAUACUUCUGCUGCAUGGACAAGAUGCUCUGAUGGUGGUUGGAGAUGGUCGUUUGCUCCGUUCCUGGGACACAAACAUUGGCGGGCUGAACUGGGAGGCCGUGCUGGAUACUGGCAGCUUCCAGGCUGCGUGUUUUGUGGCCAUACAGGACACCGUAAAGCUUGUGUCUGUGCUAAAGAAAUCUGCCAUCUCUCUCCACUACUUAUCCAAUGGACACCAGAAAUGGGUGGAGAACCUGCCUGACAGUGAUGCAGUCCAGUACCAGGCAGUGUACUCUGGGGGAGAAGAGGAGGUCUAUGUGUUGGGGGUGGUUCCUAACUCUCACCUCACUAUCAUAGCCUAUAGCCUAGAGGACGGAGAGAUCAUCAAGCAGAGAUCAGUCGAAGCCCCGUGGCUCUCCAGUGUUGAGUCCAGCUGUGUGGUGAUUGGUCAGGGGGUGCUGAUGUGUGUGGAUUCCGCCACUCUCGCCCUCUACACCCUCCCGAUACAGGCUGAGGAGACUCCAGAGUUCAGCCAGAUCCUACUACAGUCUCUGGAUCUGGAGGUGUCCCCAGGCUUCCAGCCCGUCCUGGUGUCCAGCCAGCCCCACCCGGCCCGCUCCCCCCUCUCAGAGUUCUUUCUCCAGCUCGGACCAGACCACCACGUCCUGCUGCAGCUCAAUGCUGAUGGAUACACCAUCGCCCCACUCAGAGACUUCCAGCCGGCGUUCUUAGUCUCAUUUGCCACCACGGGGAAGAAGACUGUUGCUGCUGUCAUGACUCCCAAAAACGAAACGGCUUGCGCCAUCAAUCUGUUCAGCGUUGACUCUGGUAGGCUGUUGGAUACCACCGUCCUCUUUCCCCUGGAGCCUAACGAUGGGAAACCACACGCGCUGUACGUCCAUGCCUUCCUGAAGAAGGACGACUCUGUGGGCUACAGGGUCCUAGUGCAGACACAGGACCAUGCUCUCACCUUCAUACAGCAGCCAGGACGUGUGGUAUGGACCAGAGAGGAGGCCCUUGCUGAUGUUGUUACCAUGGAGAUGGUGGACCUGCCACUCACUGGGACCCAGGCCGAGCUGGAGGGGGAGUUUGGCAAGAAAGCUGACGGGUUAUUCCCCAUGGUGCUGAAGCGUCUGUCAUCCCAGGUGACUCUGCUCCAGGCGUGGCUGGCCCACCUGUGGAAGCUGUUCUACGAAGCCCGUAAACCCCGCAGCCAGGUUAAGAACGAGGUCACCAUAGAAACGUUGUCCAGGGAUGAGUUCAACCUGCAGAAGAUGAUGGUUAUGGUCACCGCCUCGGGGAAGCUCUUUGGCAUCGACAGCAAGUCGGGCAGCAUUCUAUGGAAGCACUACCUGGAGAAUGUCCAGCCCAACGCAGCCUUCAAACUGAUUGUUCAGAGGACUACCGCUCACUUCCCACAUCCCCCACAGUGCACUCUGCUCAUCAAGGAUAAGGACACUGGCCUGGCCACCCUACAUGUGUUCAACCCCAUAUUUGGCAGGAAGAGUCACAUCGCCCUGCCGGGCCUGCCCCGCCCCAUCCUCCAGUCACUCCUACUACCUGUUAUAGACCAGGACUACGCCAAGGUCCUGUUGCUGGUCGAUGACCAAUACAAGGUGACAGCCUUCCCCUCCACUAAGAACGUCCUGCAGCAGCUCCAGGAGAUGGCCUCCUCCAUCUUCUUCUACCUGAUCCGCUCAGAUCAGGGAAACCUGUCUGGAUUCAGACUGCGCAAGGACCUGUCCACAGAGCGGGUCUGGGAGGUGGUCCUUCCUACAGAGGUUCAGAAGAUAGUAGCAGUCAAAGGGAAGAGACCCAACGAGCAUGUCCACUCUCAGGGCAGAGUGAUGGGAGACCGUAGUGUUCUCUACAAGUACCUGAACCCUAACCUGCUGGCAGUGGUGACGGAGAGUACAGACACACACCCUGAGCGGGCCUUCGUGGGCGUGUUCCUGGUCGACGGUGUGACUGGACGCAUCAUCCAUGAAGCCGUCCAGAGGAAGGCCAGGGGGCCCGUACACUUUGUCCACUCUGAGAACUGGGUGGUGUAUGAGUACUGGAACACCAAGUCCAGGCGUAAUGAGUUCAGUGUGCUGGAGCUGUUUGAAGGGACAGAGCUGUAUAACAGCACCGUGUUCAGUAGUCUGGACAGACCCCAUCUGCCCCAGGUCCUACAGCAGACCUACAUCUUCCCCUCUCCCAUCACCACUAUGGAGGCUACACUCACUGAGAAGGGCAUCACCUCUAGGCAUCUCCUGGUGGGGUUACCAUCAGGAGCCAUCUUGUCUCUCCCCAAGAUGUUUCUGGAUCCGCGGAGACCAGAGGUCGUCACUGAACACAGCCGUGAGGAGAACCUUAUACCCUACGCCCCAGAGAUGCCCAUCCGCACAGAGUGGUUCAUCAACUACAAUCAGACCGUAGCGAGAGUGAAAGGAAUCUACACUGCCCCCUCUGGCCUGGAGUCCACAUGUCUAGUGGUUGCGUAUGGUCUUGACAUCUACCAAACCAGGGUGUACCCCUCCAAGCAGUUCGACGUGCUGAAAGAUGACUACGACUACGUCCUGAUCAGCAGUGUUCUGUUCGCGCUGUUCUUCGCCACCAUGAUUAGUAAACGUCUGGCACAGGUCAAACUGCUCAACCGGGCCUGGCGGUAGAAGAGUCAACUUCUCACCUUUCAACUCUGACCUCUCCGUUGCUGCAUGGAUGACCCCGGGACAGUGGACGAGCUGAAGCCGUUUUGGUGGGGUGGGUCGUCGUCUUUCUUUUUCAAGGAAGUGAUUAUUUUCGGGUUGCCAGAUUUCUCUCUUUUUUUUUUUUUUGGUAAGACUUUGCAUUGAGGUAGAAUUUAAGGGGAGUUACGUUGCCUUCAGAACGUAUUCUUACCCCUGGACUUAUUCCACAUUGUUUUACAGCAUGAAUUCAAAAUGGAUUAGAUUAGAUUUUUUUUUCUCCCUCACCCAGGUACACACAAUACCCCAUAAUGAAAGUGAAAACAACAUGUUUUUAGAAAUAUUUGUACAUUUUAUUGAAAAUGAAAUACAGAUCUAAUUUACGUAAGCAUUCACACACCUGAGUCAAUACUUUGUAGAAACACCAGUGGUGGAGAUUACAGCUUUGCGUCGUCUUGGGUAUGUCGGUAUCAAGCUUUGAGUCAUCUGGAAUUGAGGAUUUCUUCUCAUUCUUCCUUUACAGAUUUUUUUUUCAAGUUCUGUUUAAGUUAGAUGGGGAGCAACGGUGAACAGCAAUCUUCAAGGUUUUCUCCAGACGGAGCUGUGCCUGGUUUUCUCCAGACAUAACAGUUUGCAUUCAGGCCAAAGAGUUAGAUUUUCAUCUCAUCAGACCACAAUCUUUUUAGAUAUGCUCUUUCAAAUGUUUUUUUUUGUUGCCAGUUUCAGGCGUGGGGGUGUACUGAGGAGGUUUGCUUUUUGGGGUCAUCUGCCUCUGAGGUCUUUCUUUGAUGCACUGGAAGUUUUGUGAUUUUAUCUUUGAACUAAUAUUCCCCCCAUGGCUUUUGUGUAAAUUACAGUUUGUAAGAUAUUUAUGUAUAUUUGUCUUAAACAUGAAUUAGCAUGGCGCUCUAGAGUACAUUUUUUUUUUUCCCCCUUUUGGGGUGAAUGGGAAAACUCUGCUCAUGCAACACUUUGCUCACAAACACACCAAUGCCCUCAAUAAAAUGAUAACUAAUUUCUGA